UAACCCCGCCCGCUCUUUACCUACCGGCCGUAGCUGGCCGGGUGGGCUCGCGCGGAGACGCUCGCGCGCGCACGCGCACACGACGCGGAGCGGAGCGCGAGACAUCGAGGAGGGGAGUAAGCGGCAUCAGAGGAGGCGGUUUGUGUAUCUGUGUGUUCUACGGUGUAGCUAGCCGAGGGGCGAGCGGAGGCUUGAAGAAGGGCGAGGGAGAACCGAAAAGAGAGUCACCCUCCGCGAGAGCCUCUAAUCUGGUUGCUAUGGAAACAUAUGACCACAUAAAAGGAAGUCUAUUCUGAUAAUUCUGUUACCUGAGAUGCAACUGGACUGAAGAGUGGAACAGGAAAAAUUUUAGUGCCAACCUUAAUUACAAUGGAUACUGAUUCAGGAGGGCCAGCUAGCACAGAAGAUUCUGAGAAACCUGAUGGAGUUUCAUUGGAAAACAGAGUUCGUCAGGUUGCAGCAACUUUGACCGUGGAAGCUAGACUAAAGGAGAAAAACAGUACCUUCUGUGCUUCUGGAGAAACUAUAGAAAGGAAAAGAUUCUUUCGAAAGAGUGUUGAGAUGACAGAAGAUGGCAAAGUUGCUGAAUCUUCCUCCAAAGAUGAGAGAAUAAAGACUGCAACAAAUAUUCCAAGAGUAGAAAAGCUUCCUACAAAUGUGCUAAGAGGCAGACAAGAAGUUAAAUAUGAGCAGUGUUCAAAGGGAAUGUCAGAAUCCUCAAAAGAUUGUUUCAAGGAGAAAAAUGAAAAGGAAAUGGAAGAAGAAGCAGAAAUGAAGGCUGUAGCUACUUCUCCUAGUGGCAGGUUCCUGAAAUUUGACAUAGAGCUGGGAAGAGGAGCAUUUAAAACAGUAUAUAAAGGACUGGACACUGAAACAUGGGUUGAAGUUGCUUGGUGUGAGCUGCAGGACCGGAAAUUAACCAAAGCUGAGCAGCAAAGGUUCAAGGAAGAAGCAGAGAUGUUAAAGGGUCUCCAGCAUCCCAAUAUAGUUCGAUUCUAUGAUUCCUGGGAGUCUAUACUAAAAGGAAAGAAAUGUAUUGUAUUAGUGACUGAACUUAUGACAUCAGGAACCUUAAAGACGUACUUAAAACGAUUUAAAGUCAUGAAACCAAAGGUCUUAAGGAGCUGGUGCAGGCAAAUUUUAAAGGGGUUGCAGUUCUUGCACACUAGGACUCCUCCUAUUAUUCACCGGGAUCUGAAGUGUGACAAUAUUUUCAUCACGGGACCCACUGGAUCUGUGAAGAUUGGUGAUCUAGGACUAGCCACCUUAAUGCGCACAUCAUUUGCUAAAAGUGUCAUUGGCACUCCUGAGUUUAUGGCCCCAGAGAUGUAUGAAGAGCACUACGAUGAAUCUGUGGACGUCUAUGCUUUUGGAAUGUGUAUGCUAGAAAUGGCUACUUCGGAGUACCCUUAUUCUGAGUGCCAGAAUGCAGCUCAAAUAUACCGUAAAGUAACUAGUGGUAUAAAACCAGCCAGUUUCAAUAAAGUCACUGAUCCUGAAGUGAAAGAAAUCAUCGAGGGAUGUAUUCGUCAAAAUAAAUCUGAAAGGUUGUCUGUCAGGGACCUACUAAACCACGCAUUUUUUGCUGAAGAUACAGGGCUAAGGGUGGAGCUAGCGGAGGAAGAUGAUUGCUCAAAUUCAUCUCUGGCUUUAAGGCUCUGGGUUGAAGACCCUAAAAAAUUGAAAGGCAAGCAUAAAGACAAUGAAGCUAUUGAAUUCAGUUUCAAUUUAGAAACAGAUACACCUGAGGAAGUAGCAUAUGAAAUGGUCAAGUCAGGAUUCUUCCAUGAAAGUGAUUCCAAAGCUGUUGCUAAGUCCAUUAGAGACCGGGUGGCCCUGAUAAAGAAGACAAGGGAGAAGAAGCCAGCUGGCUGUUUGGAAGAACGCAGAGACUCCCAGUGCAAGUCUGUGGGGAAUGUACUCCCUCAGCCCCAAAAUACAGCUUUGCCCCCUCCUCCUGCUCAGCACAGCGGGGCUGAAUGUGAAGAAACUGAAGUUGAUCAACAUGUGCGACAACAGCUUCUGCAAAGAAAACCACAAUGGCAUUGCUCCUCUGUUACAAGUGACAGUUUGUCUGAGGCAGGAGCUGGAUCAGUUAUACAUUCAGAAACUUCAAAUCAUCCCAGUAUAGCCUACUCCUCAGACCAGAUGAUGGGCUCUCAAAUGGUUUCUAACAACCCACAGGCUGAAAUAAAUGUUCCAGGGAAAAUUUAUCCAUCCCAGCAGCUAGUGGGACAUCACCAGCAGAUUUCAGGGUUGCAGAAGCAGCCAAAGCUGACUCAGCCCCAAAUUUUGCCUUUGCUUCAAGGUCAGUCCACUGUUCUGCCUGUACAUGUCCUUGGACCUCCGCUUGUCUCACAACUCCAGUUUUUGCCAUUAAGUGUCCCAAAGGUCUCACAGGUAAAGCCUGUAUCCCAAGCAGUUGGAGCUGAACAAACAGCAACUCUUCUAAAACCGGAUUUAGUUCGAAGUUUGAAUAAUGAUGUGGCAGCUGUGAAGGAAAACACCAAUACCCCUGAUAACCCAAGUGGAAAUGGCAAACAAGAUCGGAUCAAACAAAGAAGAGCUUCCUGUCCUCGAUCAGAGAAGGGGACUAAAUUUCAGCUUACUGUCCUUCAGGUGUCAAUCUCUGGAGACAACAUGGUGGAGUGUCAACUGGAGACACACAAUAACAAGAUGGUCACCUUCAAGUUUGAUGUUGAUGGUGAUGCACCAGAGGAUAUUGCAGACUAUAUGGUUGAAGAUAACUUUGUCCUGGAAAGUGAAAAAGAAAAAUUUGUAGAAGAAUUGAGGGCUAUCGUAGGUCAAGCCCAGGAGAUCCUUCAUGUCCACUCUGCUGCAGAAAGAGCCAUUGGAGUUGACUCUAUUACUAUGGAAUCCAGCAGUAGCCAAACAGGAUCAUCUGAACAAGUACAGAUAAAUUCUGCAUCCACUCAAACCAGCAAUGAAUCUGCUCCUCAGUCAUCCCCAGUUGGUCGAUGGCGAUUUUGUAUCAAUCAGACAAUAAGAAACCGUGAUGCUCAAUCUCCUUCUUCUCUUCAGCAGUCCAUGUCUACAGUUCCUGGGCUAAAUCUGCUUUCUAGUCCAAGAAACAUAAGUAAUAAGGAAAUAUCACAGGACACGCUGCUCACUCUAGAAAAUAAUCCAUGCCAGCGUGCACUUUACACCUCCACAUCAGAACACAAGGAUGUAGUUGAUGGUAAGAUUUCUGAAUAUGCCAGUGUAGAAACUAAGCAGCCAGCUAUACUUUAUCAAGUGGAAGAUGACAAGCAGAUAAUGGCACCAGUUGCUAGUAGUUCCAGUCUUGAAUGUGAGGGACUCACCAGCCAAGCAGGCAUAUUCCUACCUGUGUAUCCAGGUCACCAAGCUGCCAGUCAGGCAGCUCCUGGUGAGUCAACUCAGAUUGCUCCUAACUCUCUUACAACUCCGGCAUUUAUGUCUGAUCAAAAGCCUCAGUCCUUACCGGUGCAGCAGCCAACUAUGGAUGCAGAGUUUAUUUCCCAAGAAGGAGAAACCGCAGUGAUCGUGGAAGCAAGUUCUCCUAAGAUGGUCAUUCCCACUCAGACCCCUGGCCUUGAACCAACUAGCCUGCUGUCCUCUACGGUCCUGGAAUCAGACGGGGAAGGACCUCCAAAAAUGGAGUUUGCAGACAACCGAAUUAAAACUCUGGAUGAAAAAUUAAGAAAUUUGCUCUAUCAGGAGCAUAGCAUAUCUAGCAUCUAUCCUGAGAGUCAGAAGGAUACCCAAAGCAUAGAUUCUCCGUUUUCUUCCUCUGCUGAAGACACAGUCUCAUGUCCAGUGCCAGAAGUCAUAGGCAUCAGUCACUGUGGAAUUCAAGAUAGUCCUGCACAGUCCCCUAAUUUUCAGCAGACAGGCUCUAAGAUUCUGUCCAAUGUGACUGUGAGUCAGCCUGCAAACAUAUCAGUGUUCAAAAGGGACCUGAAUGUGAUAACUUCUAUACCCAGCGAAUUAUGUUUACAUGAGAUGUCCCCAGAUGCUUCACUUCCAGGGGAUCCAGAGGCCUAUCCUGCUGCUGUGUCAAGCGGUGGAGCCAUUCAUCUGCAGACAGGAGGUGGAUAUUUUGGCCUAAGCUUUACUUGUCCUAGUCUCAAAAAUCCUAUUAGCAAGAAAUCCUGGACUCGCAAAUUAAAAAGCUGGGCAUACAGGCUACGGCAGUCAACCAGCUUUUUCAAGAGAUCAAAAGUCCGUCAAGUGGAUACAGAAGAUACGAGAUCACCAGUUGCUCCUGACCCCAUUCCUCUGACAGGAGAGUCCACAGCUGAUGCUAGGGCUUUCAGUAGAUGUAAAGCAAUGAGUGGAUCAUUUCAGCGGGGUCGGUUCCAGGUGAUUACAGUUCCUCAGCAGCAGUCAGUGAAAGUGACAUCUUCUGGAAUAGAACACAUACCAGCAUUCAAUAAAAUGACAAGCCAGCCUAGUGAAGAAGCUUUAGCCUUUACUAAAACAGCAAAGUCUCAAUUGGUAGAAAUGGAACCUGCCACACACAAUCUGCAACCUUCACUUUCUUCUCAGAAGUUACAAGCUCUUCAGGAAACCUUAAAAGAAGAUAAAAGAAUUCCCAAACAAGCUGACAACUUCUCAUCUUUCAGUAUGGCUUGUGAGACUGUUGUAUCUUUGAUGACUCCAGAAAAGGCAUUGGAAGAAAAUUCAGCCACAGGAAGUAGCAUGCAGUCUGGAUCUGAACUGUUGUUUAAAGAGAGAGAGAUACUUACUGCUGGGAUGCAGCCUACCUCUAAUAGUGAAUUUUCAGCCACUCUUGGUGGCAGAGGGAAAUCAGUGGCAAAGAGUGGUCCAGAGAGAGUAAAGUGCUUACCACUCCGUGAAGAAAAAGCCUAUGUUCAAACACAGAGCUCACUCUUCUAUUCACCGUCUUCCCCAAUGAGCAGUGAUGAUGAGUCAGAAGUAGAGGAUGAGGACUUAAAGGUGGAGCUUCAAAGAUUACGAGAAAAACACAUUCAGGAGGUGGUAAAUCUUCAAACCCAGCAGAAUAAGGAGUUACAGGAGCUCUAUGAACGCCUUCGGGCAAUUAAAGAUGGCAAAGUCCAAUCAUCAGAGAUUCCUCUACCACCUGCAUCACCACGUAGACCAAGAUCUUUUAAAAGCAAACUUCGAAGCCGUCCCCAGUCCUUGACACAUGUGGACAGUGGCACAGUUGUAACAGAUCCACUGUGUGCGGCGGAAAGUAGUGCAGCAUCAUGCCAGCAAUCUCCAGCUAGUAAAAAAGGGAUGUUCACAGAUGACUUACACAAACUGGUGGAUGACUGGACAAAGGAAACAGUAGGAAAUUCUCUUAUUAAGCCAAGUUUAAACCAACUUAAACAGAGUCAACAGAAACUAGAAACAGACAACUGGAACAAAGUAUAUGAAAAUACUCCAUCUACUAUGGGCUACACAUCAACAUGGAUUUCUUCUCUGUCCCAAAUCCGUGGAGCUGUCCCAGCCUCCUUGCCACAAGGACUCUCACGCCCUUCAUUUCCUGGGCCAUUAUCAUCAUAUGGAAUACCCCAUGUUUGUCAAUAUAAUGCUGUGGGGGGGCCAGGGUAUCCGGUACAGUGGGUAGGAAUUUCAGGAACACCACAACAGUCUGUAGUAAUUCCUACCCAAUCUGGGGGACUGUUCCAGCCGGGGAUGAAUUUGCAGGCAUUUCCAGCUUCAUCAGUUCAGAAUCCAUCCGCGAUCCCUCCUGGUCCCAAGUGAAUCAGAGUAGAAGAUGAAGAAAAAGGAAAUGUUUUUCAGAAAUAUUUCCAGGACACCUAAGAUAAUAAACUUUCUUCUUCUUGGGUUCUGCCAUAUUUUCCCUCGUUUUGAGUUUACUUUCCACUAUAUAUUUUUUUCCAAUGUAGUAUUUGAUAUAGCUCAUCAUCCUGUAGAACUGUGCAGUUUGUACAUAGAACACUGCACACAGAAAUGUUUUUUCACUUCAAAUCCUAUCCUCUUUGAUACUUGAUUUUUUAAAAAUACUGUUCAGAAUGCUUUAAUAAGCUCAGCUUGAGCAUUUCCAUUUCCAGGACACUUUCCAUUAUUGCUGCUCUCUGCAGCUGGAUGAUACUUUUCUUUAAAAGGUAUAAAAACUAUUUAUAUUCCCCUAACAUGGGCAAAGUGAGACCCUCCAACAGCUGGAGUCUUAUGGGAUUCUUCACGUUUAUCUUAGGUUUACCUUUCGCAGAAGGCAGGGUAACUUGCUGCAGGAAAUGUUUUGGUAUAUAAAAUUAGAAUAACUUUGUCAACCAAUAUAGAACAUGAGCCCUUUUUAAUGUGAUUUUCUUCCCGUCGUCACAGCAGUAGGAGUGAAGCCUUGUUUUAGGUGAGGCGGAGAGAAAGGAAAAAACAGAACUGUAACAGUUCCUUGAUUCUGCAGAUACUGUAGCUGCUUUAGGAUUUCCAUAGUAAUUCAAAGCAGCUAUCUCUGUUUCUCAUGUGCACACUACAUUGUUUUUGAGCAUCUGAGAGGCAUUGGUUUGGCUUGCAUUCUUUUGCAAGGGAUGUAUUGCAGCUGAUGUGAAUCUCAUUUGGGGGGAAUCUUAGUGUUCCUAACAAAGAGGAUUCAAGUUACACCUCUAUUAGUCCAUUCUUCUGAAGUGAAAUUUACUUGACACAGUAGGUUUUGUAGGUUUUGAGACUUACACAUGAAACACUGGCAUUACAGGGUUCUAAGAGAUGUGGGGUAUACAUUGUCCUGCAGUAGAUAGUAGACCCUCAAACGAUACUAUUUAAGUUGCCCUUAGCUUUUUUUUUUUUUUUGGAUUACCUUUUUUUCAGUUGUUAUAGUUUCCUUGUUAGUAUCUAGCAUCUUAGAUGAUUUUAGAUCUCAGAUGAUUUUGGCAGCCUCUUUAGAAUCUGAGAGAGAUCACUGUCAAGUUGCACUUUACUGGGUUUUAUCCAGUUUUAGGAGGAGGGGAGGCAAUGUCAAAAUAUACAUUUUUAGUUUUCAAGAAGGUUAACUGUAAUAAUCUUAAAAGGCUGGUCACAGAGUUACCUAAUGCUCAGUCUGUGAAACCCAAAUAGAAUUCUAAAAUGGUAUUUAUCGACUACCACAUAUAAAGAUGUUUAAAAUACUUAGUUUUCGCUCUGAAGAUUUCAAGGUCAUUUCUAGUACACAUUUACGUAAUAACAAGUUGUCUACUGGUCAACAUUCCAGAUGAUCACCCAACAUUUCUGUUGACAGAUUUUCCUCCAUAUUCCUCUAAAAAUUUUACCCCGUGAUCUUGCCAGGUAAUGAGGAAAACUUAAUGGGUGUACCUUUUUUUGCACAGUCUACUUUGUGACAUGCAGUACACUUUUUCAAAAAAAACAAAUGUGUCUUAUGUUACUUACCUGAGGAUCACACUCAGCAUCAUGAAGAUUCUGUUGCUAUCAUUUGGGGGCAUCCAGGGCAGCAUUUUGAGAAUUGCUGUUGAUAAGAGCCACAGUUUUCUUUUAAUAAAACAUAUUCUGGUUUGGAUGAGUCUUUCUAAAUCUUAUGUACAGAUUCUUCAAAUUUCUUCUACAGUAUUGAUUUGCAAGUUGAAGUGGUUUUAGGACAUUAGUGUAAUGCAAAUUCUUGCAUUGCAAUUUUCCAUGUGUACAAAAACAAUGUGCCUAAAAUCCGUAAUUCUUUAAAACUGCUUGUGUUUCAUUAUUAGAGUCAGCUUUGUGUGAUUACAUUGAGACUUACAACCUAUAAAGUGAAAAUACUGCAGGUUUUAUGAUCCCUUCUUCUCGAGUUGCAAUCCUUUUAAACAGUGUACCCCAGGAUGAAAAAAGCUCCAUGGAUGACAUGCACAAUUACAUUUAUUAAUGGCUGCUCUACAUCAAAUGUCCCACAUUUUGCCACCACCUCUGUUUUAUGUAUAAUUCAUCAUUCUUUUGCCUGCAGAAUUUUGCAGUGCCUUGUAAUAUUUAGAAUCUUUUCAGAUUUUUUGCUGGAAAGAAAAGUAGUCUUCUAAAGUUUGAAGAUGGUGAGUAGUGUACUGCUGUCUCCAUGCUGACUGCAGUAGUUGGGUUAACAUAUGUAUACAUGAUGUAUAUGUAACAUGUAUAAGUUUAAAAAUACAGAAAAAAGUGAGUUUGUGCAGAAAUGAAGAAAACAGUGUUAUUCACAUCACUGUGGGUUUUUAAGUUAUUUUUUUCCCAUUACUUAAAUAUUUGAUUCCAAUUACAGUCACUUUGACUGUAAAUAUUAGCUAGUUUUCUAUCUAGGGGUUUUGCAUUAUUUCAUAAUUUUGCUAAAUCAUAUGAUAGUGCUGUUUUCAUCCUUGCUGAGGUACUUCCCCCCCCCCAGAAAUAAUUAACUCUUGAGGUAAAGCUCAGAAAUUCCCUUCUUACUUAACAAAGAGCCUACUAUGUAACAAGGGCCUUCUUCCCAUUUCCAACACACACACACAAACCUGUCCUUUCCAUUUUCCUUCUUGUAGAAAAAAAAAGGUUAUACUAAACCAUCCCACUUGUAAAGUUUAUUUGGGGGUAGUCUGUGUGUCCAACCACCAUGUUUACUUCUCAAAGUGCAAGUCUGAUGAAUAGUACUGUAUCUCCAUAUGUGGCAAUGUGAGCAUUUCAUCAUGAAUUACCUGCUGCUAUGUUUGUGAAGUUGGGUGUAACAUCAUAAGAAUAUGAAACCAGUAUUGGUGUAAAUCUAAUGAAAAUAACCCUAUGUAUAUUUGUAGCAGUCUUGAAUCUCUAAGGCAAUUUGCUGUAGUAUAACAAAUAUCCAUUUCGUUUUUCAUAUUUUUCUUGCCAGUUUUAUAUCAAGCAUGAAUUCUAAUGGUUUGACAGCAAAAUUAUCUGUGAAAGUUUAAAAGGCACUUUUCUGCUGUGAUUUUUGGAUUGAGUGUGGAGUGUUAUGUACAGUAUGAUGGGAUGUAUCAUUUUAGAACCGCAGAUUUAAUUCUACUCCAAUUACAUUUGUUUAUCUACCUCUUUUUCAGUGCUGUUUUGGGGUACACAUGUAAACACUGCCUGUGAAACUUGCUUUUUUGCCUUGAUUCUCAGUAUUCUUUCAGGUUAUAAAUCUGGCCUGCUAACUAUGAGUUUGAAAUGAGAAGGACCAUCACUCUGGUACCAAUCUAUGUUUAAGUGACGAGAGCCACAUGCUUCUGUGAAAUAAGCUUUGGGGAUUUAGGGAUGGCGAACAGAGAAAUAAAUCCAGCUGGUGGCAAUAUAGGACUUAGUUGUAGAAGUUAGUUGCAAAAUAAACAAAUGAUAAGAAAGUACCUAAAUUAGACAAUCUGGUGCCUGUAACUUCGUAUCUUUUUUUUUGCGGUACGCAGGCCUCUUGCUGCUGUGGCCUCUCCUGUUGCGGAGCACAGGCUCAGGACGCGCAGGCUCAGCGGCCAUGGCUCACGGGCCCAGCCGCUCCGCAGCACGUGGGGUCCUGACCGGGGCACAAACCCGCCUCCCCUGCAUCGGUAGGCGGACUUUCAACCACUGCGCCACCAGGGAAGCCCUGUAACUUCGUAUCUUUUAUUAGAGAUGCGUUUCUUGUCUGUGUGCCUAAAGGGCUAUGGGUUGAAACUGCUUUAACUAUCACAAUGAAAUAUUUGACAAAUAUUACAGCAGUGGCCCAUCAUUCAGCAUAUUAGCAUACUGCUAGGUAUUUGCAAUGAUAUUUUAUUACCUUAAAAUGGCCAUAUGCUUUUAGUUGAAUUGUAGUUAGUCGUAACUGUUUAUCCAAUCUCUAAAGUUUAUUGGAGGCAUUGACUUUCUUCUUUGCUGUCUUCUCUGAGUGAUGAAAAUGAUGCAUUCUCUGUUUUUUCCAGAAAACUGAGCAAAUGUUUGUAAACCACAUGUUAUUUGUUUCACAUGUUUACUGUGUGUAACACUACAGCAUGUUUAAUGUUAGUAAAUACUGUAUUUCAGGCUUCAUGUACAAGUACAUUCCUGAGGUAUACUUGCCAUCAGUUUGGGAUUCAGUUAUUUAAUCUUCUGUUUGGUUUAGAAGAAUCUUGAGAUAUUUGAGGUGGUGUGCAGGCCAUUUUCUAGAAUAGAUUGUUCAUUUUUAAUCCUGUAGUUUACUGGGGACUUGUUUUUUCCCCCUUUAUUUAGAAGAUGAACCAGUAAGGGAGCAGGGCAUAGGAAAGGUCAUUGAUUUGGUAAAUGUAAUUUCUGGGAUUGAAAUAAAAAACCCACAAACAAUCCAGACUGUAAAAUGGUGACACUCAAACUUGGUAAAAUCCUUUGAAGUGAAGUUAGUAUGAAAUUUUUAUGGAGCCAGAUGCUUUCAGGUCACCCUGGAAAUAGUCUUUGUAUGUGAAGGAUGAACACAAACAUUGGUCAGGGACCUUGACAGCCACCAUUGGCAGGGGCCUGGGAUAGUAACUAGGUUACACUUAGUUAUUUUCAACUGAGAUAGCUGGAAGAUUAUAUAAACCAACAGCUCCCAUUCUGGAAGGUCUUCUUUUAAUUAAAAAAACCUCCAACAGAAAGGCCAAAAGUCAAGCAAGAAGGGGAGAAACUGGGCUCUUGAGAAAAAAAAAAAGUGCCAGUGAAAAAUAAAAUUCCUAAAUGUGUGCUUGUCAUCCUUCCAGUUUUUUUUUUUAAGUUGCAUUUCUUCUCCGUUAUAAUUUAAGAUUUCAGAUUGAGGUUUGUGGUCCAGAACAUACCCUCAGCAGAAAUAGUGACUGAUUGGAAAGUGCAGUUGUUCAAGGUCUGUCAUGCUCAAUCACUUAAAGCUGUAAUUUGUUUGAUAUGAAUAUUAAGCAUGUAGACCUAGUGCAGCAUGGGAGCCACUCAGGAAGUUUAUGCAAUUAAUAAACUUUCAUGCAUAAUUAAUUUACUAUGAAGUAUGCAGAAUUUCAGCCACUUCUCUACACUUAACACUUAGUUGUAUAUGUGAACUCUCUUUUCUUAAUUGGGGAAUGUAGCAUUAUAUGGAAUGUUGUUAAACCUAAUUUUAAUCCUUCUUGACAUUAACUUUUAUUAUUUUUUUGGUAAACCAAGUGAUCUGCCUUUAAGCAGUUGUCUGAUUUUGGUUCUUUGAAACUGAUUUUUAUUUCAUUUGUAUCCAACCAUUUGUUUUGUUUCCUGGAAAUUUUGUUUUGAAACAGAAAAUAAAGGCUGUGUUAAAAUGAGUAUGUUAUCUUAUUAAA